AUGAAGGUACAUGAUGCUGCUGCUAGGGCACCAUGUCCCCUCCAGCUUCCUCAGAGAGCCUACUUCUCUCCCACUGUCAUGGCAGUCACUCCAUCAACCAAAUUAUAUCAGGGUUCCAGUAGGCAGGAAAAGGAGGGGGCAAGCACUUCGCAGGCUCUGAUAGACACUGGGUCUUUGCUUAGAGAUGCCAUAGAUGAUAAGGUGGCUGAUCUGGUGGGGUUCCUGCUCCUCAAAUAUAAAACAAAGGAACCAAUCACAAAAGCAGAAGUGUUAAGUAGUGUCAUCAAAGAGUACAAGGAUCACUUCCUUAUGAUCUUUGACCAAGUAUCAAAGUCCAUGCAGCUGGUCUUUGGCAUUGAUGUGAAGGAAGUGGAUCCUACCAGCCACAACUAUGUCCUGGUCAACACCUUGGGCCUCACCUGCAAUGGGAUGGUGAAUGAUGAGCAGAGCGUGCCCAAGACUGGCCUCUUGAUAAAUAUUCUGGGUGUGAUCUUCAUGAAUGGCAACUGUGCUCCUGAGAAGGUCAUCUGGAAAAUGCUGAGUGUUAUGGGGGUGUAUGAUGGGAGGGAGCACUUCAUCUAUGGGGAGUCCAGGGAGCUCCUCACCAGAGUUUGGGUGCAGGAACAGUACUUGGAGUACCGGCAGGUCCCCAAAAGUGAUCCUGCACAGUAUGAGUUCCUGUGGGGUCCCAGGGCCCAUGUUGAAACCACCAAGUUGAAAGUCUUGGAGUUUUUGACCCAGAUCAAUGAUACUAUCCCCAUGGCCUUCCCUCACUGCUAUGAAGAGGCUUUGAAAGAUGAGGAAGAGAGAUCCCAGGGCAGAGUUAUUGUCAGUGAGAAUGGGGCAGCUAGGACCAGGGUCUGGGCCUAUUCUAGAGCCACAUCCAUCAGCUUCUCCUGCGGCAAGUGA